UGAAAAAGAAAGUACUUAUGGCAGCUGUUUUAAUUAACAAGUAAUCACAAUAGCGCUCUCAAUGAAAGGAGCCAGAUCGAUCGGCUCUCCUCUGCGCCUCUGUAUCAACAAAUUGGCGUGACCUAUGGCUGCUGGCAUCUUGAAGGAGCUCAGCCGGUUCCCCCGCCCAUGCCAAGACAAUAUAAAUACAAGGAGACGAUACACGGCCAGCAAGUAGCCUAAACAUAUGCCUCUGCCUCUGCCUCUGCUGGACACCAGGCUCACAGGAUCCACCACACCAUGAAAGGUUUAAGGACCAUCACAAUAACUUAUGUCCUCACGCUUUUACUGCUGGGGUCGUUUAUCUCGCAGUCAUGGAGUGCCCCAAAGGGCUCUUUCCAGCGGAGGAACUGGACCCCGCAGGCGAUGCUAUAUCUCAAGGGCACUCAGGGUCGAAGGUUCAUCUCAGAGAACCGAAAAGAAGGAGACGUUUAUGACACAUUACACUUAGAGACCCGCAGUCAGAACACAGAGAAGCUAAGUGUGGACCAGGCCGCCGUGCUGCUCCACUCCCUGCAGCAAGCUAGAGAGGGAGGUGAGGUGUAUUUCCAGGAGCUGCCGGUGUGGAAGAAAGAAUACUUCUGAUACGCCUCACAUUCAUUUCUAGAGCUCUUUUUUAAUGUAUGCUGUUGGGUUCUAUGUAAGGGAGAAGAACAACUGUUCUGUAAAGACAAAUUAUGAAAUAUAAAUUUUGGUGUUUUAAUAAAAGAGUU